UUUUAGCCGUGUCGGAUUUGGCAAAGUUUUUUUAACAAACGCUGUUUAAGGUGUUUUACAUAUAUUUGAUACUAUAGUGGGGCAGUGGGCCAUUGGUUUGUAUCGAGAAUUAUUACCACGAACUUCAAAAAUUUUCCCGUGAGCAUAAAAUAAGCACGAAGCUAUAACGCCUUUUUUUUAGUUUAAACAUUGCUUAAAAAUGGGAAAUGCGGUUAAUACUCACAUACAGCACGCUGAGAAGACAGGAGUAUGUCAGUUAUCAAGCUUGAACAUUGAGGAAUUUCCAUCUGCUUUGCUAAAGUUAUCAAAAUCAUUAAGAACACUGGACCUCUCACGAAACAAAGUGAAAGCACUGCCCGAUGCCAUUGGAAACUUCAGUGUUUUAAAGAGUUUAAAUAUCAGUCAUAAUAGACUACCAAUGCUAUGCGAUGGAAUUUGUAAGUUACUCAAGUUGGAAUCACUUAUAGCAAGUUAUAACAUGCUCACAGCUUUACCUGCUGAUAUUAGUCGGUGCAAGUCACUCAAGUCUGUAGUAUUGUGUGGCAACAAACUGAAAACUGUUCCCGAACAAUUGGCCAAUUUAAAACAUUUAGAUAUGCUGGAUCUCUCGGAUAAUCAAAUUUGUAAAAUUCCGGACACCAUUGGCAACUUACAAGCAGUAGAGUUAAAUUUGAAUCAAAACCAAGUAAAUAAAAUACCUGACGCACUUGCAUCUUGUCAGCGAUUGAAAGUUCUUCGUUUUAAUAACAAUUGUGUUUCAUUGGGCGAGAUGUCUACAAAAUUACUGAUUGAAUCUAAAAUUUCGCUUCUUACGUACGAAGGAAAUUUAUUCACAGAAAAAGAUUUUCAACAAGUGACUGGUUAUAAUAAAUACAUGGAGAGAUUUACAGCAACAAAGAAGAAGUUUGAUUAAUGCAAUGAUUCACUGCAAGUCUAAAGACUAUGGCAGUUCCUGACGAGAUCUCUCGCGCGCAAGACAGUCAUUUUACCCGUGCUAUCAUUAAAAAUUGGCAUGCAAUACGAGUACAUAUCCAAGCCAAAAUAGGAAUUAUUUUCAUUGAUUAAUUAAUUGGCAUGUGUGGGACAAAUUAUGGCGUGCAUAACCACAAGUUUGAAAAAUCGCUUGUGCACGUGCCAUACUUUGCAGACUGAAUUCACUGUAAGAUGCUCUUCAAGCAGACUUAUUUUAUGUACUGUUGCAUGCCUUCAGUUUCUCCUGAGAAAGGGGAUCUGAAUAAGACUUUGAAAUUACCACUUAAAAUCAAUUUGCCUGUGGGUCUUUAUUUAAAUUGCUGUUAAGAAACUAAUAUAGCUCAUAGCGAAAGUUUUUGCGCAGGCCCUGGUUGAUAAGCGAUAUUAUUAUAUAAAUGCUCGCGAAAAACACAAACCUUUUUAACUAACAUGGUAACACCUAACCGACAUGAGGACACACCAUUUUAUUUCUUGCUUGUCAUAUUUAUAUAUGUUGUUAUUAAUGUUUAAGAUGUGUUGCAGCUCAUAACCAAGAUCAUCAUUUCCACAAUUGUUUACUUUAUCUGCAUGACGCUUUCAUGUCAAAAUUAAAUUGUUUUACAUAUCAUGAUUAAAAUUUUAAAGAUUCGAACAAGAAAAUAUAAUAUGGGUAAAAUUAAAAAAGCAUGGGAAGAUUUACAAUGCAUUAUAAUAUAGUAAGAAAUAUACAAGUGGCUGAUACAAUGAGAUACAUACAUAAUACAAAUUAGAGUUUGUAAUGAAAGUGUGAAAAACACACAAUUUUUAUAUCAAAACAAAUGUUCACAAUAUUGUAACUUUAACAAAUAUAUAUGUUUAAUAUUAAACGUUUUUUUAUUGUUGCCUCUGCAAGGUGUUUAAAUAUCAUUAUACGUGUAUUAAUUCAAUAUUUUUAUUGUACUGUUAAUGGCUAAGUAUUGAUUGUACUGAUGUCUCA